GUGUGUGAGUGUGAGAGAAUGUGUGCGUGCAUGUGUGUGUGUGAGUGUGUGUGCGCGCGCGCGUGUGUGUGUGCGCCUCCGAGUCCCUGGGAGAGUGGAGGCUCAUUCACUGAUUAGAGCCAGCGCUGAGAGGCAGCACUGCUCUUCUCUCACACCAACCGAGUCUCUUGAUCUGUACAUGCAAUCCCAGGCAGCUCGCGAGCACAAACCCGGGGCCAGCCGCCUGCUGCUGCUGCUGCUGCCGCUGCCGCCGCCACCGCCGCCGCUGCCCCCGCCGGCUCUGCGCACCCGGGACUUUUCAUGCACCACACUCUCCUCCGUCUUCUUACCUCGGUGUCCUGAAAAGUGCGACCGUUCUCCCCAGGAAUUUCCACGGUCUUCGAAGGGCAUGAUUCCCCAGUAAUAAUCUUCGCCCUGAUCCAAGGUGCAGGUUGCCCUCCCUCCCAGGGAAGACUGCUUCUUGUGUGACACCGGCCAUCCAAAGAGACUCCGAUGGACUUACACCGGGCAGCCUUCAAGAUGGAGAACUCAUCCUAUCUUCCCAACCCUCUGGCAUCCCCAGCGCUGAUGGUCUUGGCGUCCACUGCCGAGGCCAGCAGGGAUGCCUCCAUCCCUUGUCAACAACCUCGACCCUUUGGUGUACCUGUCUCGGUAGACAAGGACGUUCAUAUUCCCUUCACCAAUGGCUCCUACACCUUUGCCUCUAUGUACCACCGGCAAGGUGGGGUGCCGGGCACUUUUGCCAAUCGUGAUUUCCCCCCUUCCUUACUACACCUACACCCCCAGUUUGCCCCCCCAAAUCUAGAUUGCACCCCAAUCAGUAUGCUAAAUCACAGUGGUGUGGGGGCCUUCCGUCCCUUCGCUUCCACGGAGGACAGGGAGAGCUACCAGUCUGCCUUCACACCGGCCAAGAGACUCAAGAACUGUCAUGACACAGAGUCUCCCCACCUGCGCUUCUCAGAUGCAGAUGGCAAGGAAUAUGACUUUGGGACACAGCUGCCAUCCAGCUCCCCCGGUUCACUUAAGGUUGAUGACACCGGAAAGAAGAUCUUUGCUGUGUCUGGCCUCAUCUCUGACCGGGAAACCUCCUCAAGUCCGGAGGAUCGGAAUGACAGAUGUAAGAAGAAAGCAGUAGCGUUGUUUGACAGCCAAGCCCCGCUCUGCCCCAUCUGCCAAGUCCUGCUGAGGCCCAGUGAGCUGCAGGAACAUAUGGAGCAGGAACUGGAGCAGCUGGCCCAGCUGCCUGCCAGCAAAACUUCCCUUCUGAAGGAUGCCAUGGCUCCAGGCACCCCCAAGUCCCUCCUGUUGUCUGCUUCCAUCAAGAGGGAAGGAGACUCUCCAACGGCUUCCCCACACUCUUCUGCCACCGAGGACCUGCACCACUCAGACAGAUACCAGACCUUCCUGCGAGUGCGAGCCAACCGGCAAACCCGACUGAAUGCUCGGAUUGGGAAAAUGAAACGGAGGAAGCAAGAUGAAGGGCAGGUAUGUCCCCUGUGCAACCGCCCCCUGGCAGGAUCGGAGCAGGAGAUGAGUAGGCAUGUGGAGCAUUGCCUUUCUAAGAGGGAAGGCUCCUGCAUGGCUGAGGAUGAUGCCGUGGACAUCGAGCAUGAGAACAGCAACCGCUUUGAGGAGUAUGAGUGGUGUGGGCAGAAGCGGAUACGGGCCACCACACUCCUGGAAGGUGGCUUCCGAGGCUCCGGCUUCGUUAUGUGCAGUGGCAAAGAGAACCCAGACAGUGAUGCUGACCUGGAUGUGGAUGGAGAUGACACUCUAGAGUAUGGGAAACCACAAUACACGGAGGCUGAUGUCAUCCCUUGCACAGGAGAAGAGCCUGGUGAAGCCAAGGAGAGAGAGGCACUCCGGGGCGCAGUCCUAAAUGGUGGCCCCCCGAGCACCCGCAUCACACCUGAGUUCUCUAAAUGGGCCAGUGAUGAGAUGCCAUCCACCAGCAAUGGUGAAAGCAGCAAGCAGGAGGCCAUGCAGAAGACCUGCAAGAACAGCGACAUUGAGAAAAUCACUGAAGAUUCAGCUGUAACUACAUUUGAGGCUCUAAAGGCUCGGGUCAGGGAGCUUGAACGGCAGCUAUCUCGGGGGGACCGAUACAAAUGCCUCAUCUGCAUGGACUCAUACUCAAUGCCUCUGACGUCGAUCCAGUGUUGGCAUGUGCACUGUGAAGAGUGUUGGCUGCGGACUCUGGGUGCCAAGAAGCUGUGCCCCCAGUGCAACACCAUCACAGCACCUGGAGACCUGCGGAGGAUUUACUUAUGAGCUAGCUGGACAGGCAGGCCUUGCCUCGAGCAACCCCCCUGCCCCAGCCUCUGUAACAGUGACUCUCCCUCUCCCCUUGUACAUACUUGCACACAGGUUCCCCGUGUACAUACAUGCACAUACACACCCAAACACACAUAGAGGACUCUGGAGCCAGAGUGGAACAGCCCUGCCUGCUUGUUCCUUCUGAACUUGGGGACCAUGCCUCUUUGGGCUCUGUUUCCAGAGUGGGCAGAAGGCUGGUUAGGGAAGUAUAGCGGUGCAAGGCUCCUGAGAUCCAUCCCCUAGACUGACUGACUGACAGACAUGCAAACACCAGACUGAAGCACAUGUAAUAUAGACUGUAUGUUUACAAUGUUGUGUAUAAAUGGGACACUUUGCCCUCUACCACCUCCCCUUUGGUUGUAUGAUUUUCUUCUUUUUUAAUGACUCCUGGAGGCAGUGCCCCCUUUGGAGCUGGCUGGGAGCUCGGCUCAACCACCUCUUAGGGCGCCUGCCUCUGUCUCUCCCAUGGCAUCCCUUCCCUUUCCCAUGUGCUCGGUGUUCAGUGGUGUAUAUUUCUCCCAGACAUGGGGCAUGCGCCCCAAGGGAUCUGAUCCCCUCCUUAGUCUUAGCUCAUGGGGCUCCUGAGGAGCUGGGGGCAGGGUGGAAUGGGACGGAGCAGGAACAGAGGCUGCAGUUGGGCUGGCUGGCUGAGGGUGCCUGACUGCCCAGCCUUCUGUUGAGAACAACCCCUGGGGUAGAUGUGCUCUCAGGGGGAGUGCUGGCUCCCUGCCCCUCCUGUGGGCCCUAUGGUGUGAUGCUGUGUCUGUAUAUUCUAUACAAAGGUACUUGUCUUCCCCCUUUGUAAACUACAUUUGACAUGGAUUAAAACAGUAUAAACCA